AUGUCGUCCUCCUCAGUUGCAGAGUUCUUGAUCGAUGGAGAGAAGUCGAUUCCUCUCAGACUGACCACUGUCACCUACAUUGAUGCCGAGAAGUCUACCACCGUGGUACCUGUUAUUACUAUGUCGACCUCGGUGGAUGAGAUCGUUCAACAGUCCGUUAUCGUCUUGACCGUUACUGGCCCCCUUGCUCCCGAGACUACGAGCUCGUCGACCACCAGCCAAGAUGCUCCCACCACCAGCACGUCUUCGUCCUCCUCUACCAAAUCGUCGUCGUCCUUCUCUACCAAAUCGUCGUCGUCCUCCUCUACCAAAUCGUCUUCGUCCUCCUCUACCAAAUCGUCGACAACCAGCGAGCAAGGUCCUAUCGUCGUUACGUCCGUCUACACGGUUUACCCCAGCACGUCAACCUCGACCUCAUCCUUGUCCUCUUCCUCGUCGUCCUCCUCCAUGCUGCAACCGGAGCCUAGCACUGAGUACAUCACGGUUGCCUCAACCCAGUCCGCCAAACCCGAGAUCGUUGUCGUGGAACCCAGGGAAUCCGCCCAGGUCGUCACUGUUGUCUCAACCCAGUCCGGCAAACCCGAUAUCAUUGUCGUGCAACCCAAGGGAUCCGCCCAACCGGAUCCUGGCACCCAGUUCGUCACGAUCAUCUCAACCCAAUCCGCUACACCCAAGGUCAUCAUCGUGGAACCCAAGCAAGCCACUUCUGCCGUCACCAAAGAAGUGGAACCUACUGCCGUCAUGACCACCUUCGAAACCAGCACCAAGACUUCCACAAGAACCCACUGGAUCACCCCAACGCAACCCGUAUAUGCAUCCACGGUCGUCGUGACGGCCUCCAACUCCCACCCCUUUGGCGUCGGGGCCUCGCAUACCCCCGCCAAUUAUUACGACCACGACGCUGCGGACGGUGACCCCGGCGGCGCUCAGUGGGCUAAGGGUGUGCAUACAAACCCGGAAGACUUGUCGGCGCAGUUUACCCAUGCGACGCCGCCUACUUGGCCUACUUGGCCUACUCCGGCUGUUUAUGUGCGCGCUCAGGCUACCUCAACCUCCUUGUCUACUGUGGAGGUUACUUCUGUUGUUGAUGUUACCUCUCCUGUUGAUACUCAGGAAAAGCCUGAUAUCGAGCCUCGCGACUGGAACCUCCCCGAAGAACCAAAAAGAUUCAAGAAGACCACCCUCUCUGGAACCAGAAAGCCUCCUUACCCUACGUACGGUCCCCCCAUUACUUGGCCAAAGAUUACCCCCAAGAAAACAACCAUCACCGGAAAAGGGACCCGCAAGCCGUCCCGGACCCGCAAGCCGUCCCCCAAGCACACCUUGACAACCGCUUCCAAAGCCAAGCCCAGCCAGCAACCACUAGUCUUGACGGUCUAUACCACGAGUACACAUACCUCAUAUCGUACCCGUACCCUGACCCACGGCCUUCGAAUUGGCGAGAACCAACCGGACCUCCAAGCCCGCAAUACCCUCCUCCCUACCUCUACUGCCCUCCCCCAUGUCCCGGGCGCCGAAGCCCCCGCUCUCAACCUGGAACCCAAGAGGAGCGAUGAGAACAACGACAAGGACGGGAAUGUGUACCUUGCGAAGAGGGACUUCUGGGAUGGAGUCAAGAAAGGGCUUUGCUUUCUUGUUCUUUGCAAUGAUGACAGCAGCGAGUCCGACAGGUGGAAGCAGGGGGAGGAGGCACUACAAUCGGGGAAGAACAACAACAACAACAACAACAACAAGAUGAAGCAGAGCGCGGAGGACCCUUCUUCGAUAUCUAUUACCUCUUACUCUAGCCCUACCGCUGCCUCUGCCUCUGAGUCUGCCUCUGAGUCUGAGUCUGAGUCUGAGUUUGCCGCAGGCGUCACUCCUGCCCCUGCCCUUCAUGUUGACCUGGAACCCAAUGUGAGGAAGAGGAGCGAGAACAACGAGAACAACGAGGAAGGGAACACGGACAUGAAUGUGGACCUUGCGAAGGAUGGCUUCUGGGAUGAUGUCGGGCAAGGGGUCAGGAAUUUCUUUACGGAGGAGUUCUGGGAUGAUGUCGGGCACGGGGUCAGGAAUUUCUUUUGCGGUCUUGUUCCUUGUGAUCCAUAG